AUGUCAGUAGAAACAAAUUCAUUAACGAUCCAAAUAAAAAGUGAACCAGCAGAAUCUUCAAUGAAAGAGAAUGAAAUUGAUAAUUCGUUGGAACUAAAUAUCAAAUCAGAAUCAUAUUCUGAGGAUGAAGAAACAUGCUCAUCAGAAAUUAAUAAGUUUGAUGUGACGAAACAAGAAUUAGUAGACAUCAAAGAGGAAUCUUAUACCACAUCUGAAACCUUCGAGCAUAAUCAAGUCACACAUAAUAAUACUUCCUUGAAUGAACACAUGGAUCUUCCCAUCGAAAACAAAUGUUCGGUAUGCCGAAAGGUAUGUAAUAAUUUAUUUAAUUUAAAAAAGCACAUGAGCAUACACAGUGAUGAAAGUCUCAAUGUUGAAAAGAAAUGCCCGGUAUGCAAAAAAGUGUGUAGUAAAUUAUCUGAUUUAAAAAGGCACAUGAGCUCACACAGUGAUAAACGUCCCUACAAAUGCAACAUUUGUAAUAAAGCUUUCAAACUACAAGCAAAUUUAAAAACACAUUCGGAGAUUCAUACUGGUAAAAGACCUUAUAAAUGUCACAUAUGUUUAAGAGCAUUUUUACGGUCAGCAGUUUUGAAGGAUCACUUAAAUAUGCACUUGGAUAAAAAACCUUUUACAUGUGAAAUAUGCUCCAAAGCAUUUAGAAACCAGAAGGCUUUGAAUUUGCAUGUGAAGACUCAUUCUGGAGAAAGGGCUUAUAAAUGUGAAUUAUGUAACAAAUCUUUUAAAGUCAGCCUAAUUUAA